AUGGACCAUAUGUCGACGCAGGCCGUAUAUCAGCACAACAGCUUCAAUAAAUGCAACACCAGCGGUACUGUGCCAAAGCAACGGCCCGGCAUCAAGGACUUCCCAACUACACCAACCAACGACGAGGUCAAACAUCAUCAUUCUUAUUGCUCCAGUCCAACCUCCUUCGAGACCGAUCCUAUCUAUCGUCAGACACGUAGAGUUACGAGAAUGUGGUGGGCCGAGCAGCCUGAGCAGGGCUCACUCCGCGCCAUUAUUCAGGCGCAUAAUCGGGAGGGCAUCCUUGUCAGAGGCAUUGCUUGGACUGGGAUUCACCUGCAAAUCUUGGAUGUUCGGUUCCUGCAAGGAGAAGAAAAGCUAGGCCAGGCGCGAAGCAUAUGCCAGAUUCCCCGGGGUGACACCGUGGUGGCAUAUCUGAGGUCUUGUAUUCCCUCCGUGCAAAAAACUGGCAUCCAAGAGCUCCUCGAGCUGCUUGAUUUCCAUGAUAUAGGGCAGAAGUUGCUUGAUCUGGACUUUGACGGAAGGGCUGUUGACGCUAUACACACGGACGGGGUUUUCAAGAACGACACCGGCAGCUCUUGCAUUGCUUACCUUAAUUUUGAUACAGGGACCCAGCGAUCGCCAUCUAACGCUCCUAUAACACGCCUUCGACAAAAGAAGCAGUGUCGAAUUACGCCCCCAGAGUUUGCCAAAGAUCCCUAUAUACUAUGCAUUUUGAUCGCCCUAGCUCAGAAACAACUAGAGAAGCGAGACCAGAGAGACGAAUCCGUGCGGGUGUCUUUGCUUGCCCUUCCACGACGGCGGGCAAGCCACCUCUACUUUUACACGACUUGCUUCCCCCCCAGCUUUCUGAACAAGUUUACCGAGCCCUCUUUAUUCGUCGAAUGCCCUACUGUUUCAAUUUCGUAUGUGAAAAUUCCCUUGGCCGAUCCUAGGGAAGGGGAACAGCCACAGCUGAAGCUUUGA